CAUCUCUACUCUUUAAACCGGUCAAAGCAGCCCUCGAGGUGUCUCAUAGGCCGUCUUAUUAUAUAAUUCGCCACAUAAUUUGCCCAUGAUAUAAUAGCGCAAUGGCGGACUUGACAAUCUACGGAGCUACUGGAUACACUGGUCGGCUUGCAUCUGAGUUUGCCAAGUCUCUCGGUCUCCAAUUCACUGUGGCCGGCAGGUCGGAGAGUAAGCUGAAAGCCCUUGCUGCUUGUCUCGGCGUCGAGUAUCGCAUAUUUAGAGUUGAGGACUCUACACUCGUCGACGCUAGCUUACAAGGGUUGCGCGUUCUACUGAAUUGUUCGGGUCCAUUUUUGCACACGGCUAAACCCUUGAUCGAGGCAUGCAUUCGGAAUGGGGUCCAUUAUCUCGACAUUGCUGCCGAACUGGACAGCUAUGAGCUAUGCGAACAAAAGCAUGAAGAAGCAAAAAAGGCCAACAUUAUGCUCCUACCAGGUUGUGGGGGGAGUGUGGCUAUGCUGGGCUGUCUAGCCGACUACAUGUUUGAGCAUGUAACCAACCCCAUCAGUAUUGACAUUGCUCUUCACGUCGCUGGACCCAUGUCUCGGGGCUCAGCAAUAAGUGCGGCGGAGAAUUUGACAUCAAAGUGUCUCCAUCGACUGAACGGAAAAUUGGUAGACCAGGGUAGCGGCCAUACCAUGCAGUUCGAUUUUGACGAUGGCAGGGGCGGCGUGUCAUGUUUCCCAGCAACUCUACCCGACCUCAUCACGUUAUGGCGAUCGACCAACAUUCCAAAUAUUAAAACAUUUGUUCAUGUGGCAGGAGGCGCUUUCCCAACUGAUAAUCUCGAUUCAUUGCAAGAGGGGCCAACCGCUGAGCAAAGAGAGACAAAUCCGUAUCACGUUGCAGCCAUUGUAACUAGUUCGGAUGGUACAACUAAUCGGGGUGUCCUCCACAUCGUGAAUGGCUAUACAUUCACACCACUUGCCUCUGUGGAAGCUGUGAGGCGAGUGUUGAUGGGAGAGGCGAAACCUGGGUUUCAGACGACUUCUAAUCUUUUUGGCUAUCGCUUUGCAGAGUCUAUAGCUGGGUCAAGAUUUCGAAACUUGUGAAUGUAUUUAUCUGUUGAAUAAAAUACCGAG